UUGCCUUUACGCAUAAAUCACCUAUAAUUGCCUCUUGAUUUCCUUUGCCCCAAAAGAAAGUUGAUCCUAUUGGAGUGAUAGUGAAAGAGCGGGGAAAUUGGAAAGAAAUAUGAAAAAAAGGAUUAGAAUCCUUAAUUGCUUUCAUGAGUUAGUACAGUAAAAAGCCCAAAACCCAAGUAAAGGCCCAAAGCAAAAAGUAAGGCCUGUGAUGACGUGGCAAAUCAGAUGAAUCAAAAUUCCACCAUGGCAGUCAAAAGCUUACACGUGUCAAGUGCAACAAACAGACAUUGUGCCAACUUCUUUCUUAAUGCCAAAACCGAACCCUCCUUUUCUUCAUUUCUUCUUCUUCUUCGACGCCUCCAUGGCUAUCAUACGCUCUAUGAGCCAGCUUAACAUCAAGGCCCCACCUCCAUCACCUACCCUAACCUCCACCGGAUCACGCUCCGCUGCCAACGAAAGCUUAACCGACUUUCUCGAGAAAUCGUUACAUAUCCCCGACCUCACGCUACCCGUGUCCCAGGCCCUCCACCACCAAUGCCCACCUGAGAAAAUCGAUUUCAAAUCGGUCGCCUUAAGAGAGACUGAUUCGGUGGAACGGUUCAUGCGAUCGGCGCGGGAGUUUGGGGUGGUGGGGAUCGGGUGGCAUGGGAUUGAUAAUACGGGGGAGGAGGAGUUGAAGGCGUUGGUGAAAGAGGCGGCUACAGUGUUCGUAGUGUUGGAAGAGAAAGAUACUGGAUUUAGAAGAUACACGGCGGGAAAGAGGGAGGAGAUUGUAUGGGUCCGUUGCAAAGACGAGAGGUUGGAGUGGGCACGUCAAUAUAUCGGCCCUCAAUUAUAUCAGAGUUUCAGUGAAAAGAUGGAGAAACUAGCGAGCAAACUUGAAGAAAUUGCGGAAGAAUUGCUGAAGGUUUUGGUUGAAAAUGUAAGCAAGCAACCAAGGAAGAGAUUGCAAAGAGGGGAGUCCCUUUUGAGCAUAUACAAGUACAAUUACGAGCAUGAUAAGAUCACAGACCAAAACCCACAUCUAAAUGAAGAAGAAAACAACCAUUCUCGUGAUUAUACUUUAAGCCUCCACCUCCCAACCAAGCAUUGCGAAUUUUCUGUCAAAUCUGGGCCACGAAUUUUAACUUUUGAUGCUGCUCCAGACACCAUUAUUGUCACUGUUGGACAACAACUUGAGGAAUGGAGCCUGGGAGAAUUCAAAUGUGUUUCGGGGCGAAUUAUAUAUGAGCCAGAACUCUGUGGAUCCCAAUCCUCUUUAUCCAUGGAGCUCAAGUGGUCAUCUUUAAAUAUAAAUCGCACUUAUAAAAAAACAACUUACAAAACAAUCUCCUUAGCAGAUCAAUUCUUCAUUGCUCUAGUUAUUGUUUUCUUUUAUUCUAUUUUUACGUUAAAAAUCUCUCCAUGAUUUUGAGGAAUUUACAUUUAUACAUUCAAACUCUCAUAGACAAAUUUAUCACAUGAAAUCUUGGUGUGGAAAUUUUGAGGUUUUGAGAAAUGGAUUGAAUAAUGUACUGUUGGAAGGGGAAAGGUAUGGAAAAAAUAAUUUAAUUCAUAUACCAAAGUCUUGUUCUACUAUAUGUAUAGCUUGAUUUUUGAAUAAAAAAGCCUAUCCUAUUGUUUGAUUUUUGUGAAUGAAAUUGUACCCUGAUAAUUUCCAUGCAAAACAUGCAAUUACGAAUUAGUAUGAAUAUGAUAAGAGUACUAUUUAAACUUUUUCG